AUGAAAUAUUUAACAAUUUAUUUUCUACUCGUCAUUAUUAGUUGCUUGUUUGUAUUGCAAACAAAUGCAAUUUUUGGAAAGGGCAACAAGAAAGAAGAAGGAAAAGGUCAAUGUAGUUUAUACAAAGGUCGAUGUGGUGGUACAAUUAGUAAUACAUGCUGCAAAACACCUUACAAAUGUUCUAAACAAACAGAGGUUUGUGGCAAAGAUAAAUUAUGUUGUGUAAGUGAAGCUGAUAUUCAACGUCACAAACAGCAGACAGGUCCUUGGCUCAAAAAUAGAAAUGGCUAA